GACUACGAAAUCAGAUAUGCUGCCUAAUACUCUGAGGCAUGAAGUAGCUGAUGACUUGGCUCUGUCUCUUGUUCCCCGAAUCAGUGACUUCAUAAAUUUUAUGGAUUAUACUUCAAACCAUUAUGUACUUUCUUUAGCUAUGAAGCAGGUUUUGGUGCAUGAGGUUGAAAAGCAUAAGAUUUUACAAGUUAAUAUUGAGAAAACUGUUGCUUUAGCCAAUGGAGGGCAUGGAGUUCUUGAGGCUGGAACUAACAACGUCCCAUUAACCAAUCCCAAUCAUGCAGCUGCAGAUAAUAUGAAUACCAUUGAAAAUCAGGCUCAUGUUUUAGCGAGGCAAUUAAAUGCAAAUUCCACGACAGUUUUGCCAAAAUUGAAUCCCGAUAAAGGUGCAAGUGCAACAGACAGUGCAAAACUGCUAAAUAUGGGAAAUAGGAAAUCUCGUAGUUCCUCAAGUUUCUUUGACAGAUUUAAGAAGUCAAAUGUUAAGGGUUCCCAAAGUAACGAUAGAUCUCUACAGAAAGAAGCUACCUUGGAGAAAGAUCGAUGCCCUUUACUUUUUAAAUUUAAUGAGGGCUUUACAAAUGCGGUCAAAAGGCCUGUUCGCAUUCGUGAAUUUCUAUUGUAAUAAUUCUUUUCACCAGUAAUGUUUAUUAUUUCACUUGUUAGCCA